ACUUUAUAAAUGUCUUGAAGCUCUGCCUCCUGAUUUGUUUCAGGUUGUAAAGAUGUCUUGAAGCUCCGCCUCCUGAUUUGUUUCAGUUUGUGAAGAUGUCUUGAAGCUCCGCCUCCUGAUUUGUUUCAGUUAGUAAAGAUGUCUUGAAGCUCCGCCUCCUGAUUUGUUUCAGUUUGUGAAGAUGUCUUGAAGCUCCGCCUCCUGAUUUGUUUCAGUUAGUAAGGAUGUCUUGAAGCCCCGCCUCCUGAUUUGUUUCAGUUAGUAAAGAUGUCUUGAAGCCCCGCCUCCUGCUGUGCUUGCAGCCCCUCAGGACACCAGUUGAGCUGUCAGUUGCUGCUCUGGUUGCUGCGACAGUGCUCAGUGAAGCAACACCUCUGCUAUAAAUACCUGACUCAUAGCCGAGGCUCAGCUGACAGGACUCCCUACAGGUCUGGACUCUUCUGGAACCGGUCUCUGAGCUGCAGGACUUCAGGUCUAGUUUUCACUCUGCGGGGAGUUUUCCAGCAGUUUUUCUUUGUUUUGGAGGUCUCUGGUUUCUCCUGAAUGUGAGGAGGGGUAAGCUGACCCAGAGGACUCAGGAGCCAUGGGAGACUUCUGGGGAGGUGUUGCCAGUCAGAGGGUGGCCCGAGGGAUCUCGUUGGGGAACGAUGAAGAGGCGGUUUUGGACCAGGGGAAGACCAGCUCCACGCUCCACACAAACUUUGAGAAAGAGGAACUGGAGAGCCACCGAGCUGUUUACGUCGGUGUCCAUGUCCCUUUGGGCCGAGAGAGUCGAAGGCGGCACCGGCACAGAGGACACCGACAUCACCGGAAACGAAAGGACCGCUCAGAUAGAGAGGACGGGCGAGAGUCCCCCUCAUAUGACACGCCGUCUCAGAGGGUCCAGUUCAUCCUGGGAACAGAGGACGAUGAUGAGGAGCACAUUCCCCACGACCUGUUUACUGAGCUGGACGAGCUGGCCUUCAGGGACGGAGACGUCCAGGAGUGGAAGGAGACGGCCAGGUGGUUGAAGUUUGAGGAGGACGUGGAGGACGGCGGCGAGCGCUGGAGCAAACCCUACGUGGCCACGUUGUCUCUGCACAGCCUGUUCGAGCUGCGCUCCUGCAUCCUGAACGGCACCGUGCUGCUGGACAUGAGCGCCAACAGCAUCGAGGAGAUAGCAGACAUGGUGAUUGACAGCAUGCUGGCGUCGGAUCAGUUGGAGGAGGGGCUGGAGGAGAAGGUGAGGGAAGCCAUGUUGAAACGACAUCACCAUCAGAACGAGAAGAAGCUCAGCAACCGCAUCCCGCUGGUCCGCUCCUUCGCCGACAUAGGCAAGAAACACUCUGACCCACACCUGCUGGACCGCAACGGGGAGGGUCUCUCCUCCUCUCGCCUCUCGCUCCUCCGUCGCUCCUCCCUGGCCAUAUUCGAUGCCUCCACCCCUCCCUCAUCUCCCUCCGUCAUGUUUCAGCGCCUCCUAUCAAGCUCCGCCUCUCAGCCCUCUCCCAGUCUCUACCGUUACGGACGCCACCUGUCUGAACCCUGCCCGCCGGGACUUGUCCCACCAUUAGGACACGCCCCCUCAGAAGGGACUCUACGGCGCUGCUCUGCUCCAGAGAAGAUGAUUGUUGGACAGGGAGUUCCUGACGUGGUGGUUCACCCACCUGAGGAGGACAUGUUCCAGAUGGAGGAGGUGCAGGGGCUCCUCCAUCAGGACCUGCAGCUUCCUGAGAGUCACACAGGAUCUUUCACGACGUGGCGUACAAGGCCAAGGACCGGACGGACCUGCUGUCUGGGAUCGAUGAGUUCCUGGAUCAGGUCACAGUCCUGCCUCCAGGUGAAUGGGACCCCAGCAUCCGGAUCGAACCACCGAAGAACGUCCCAUCUCAGGAGAAGAGAAAGAUACCAACACUGGCUAACGGCUCCGCCUACAGUGCUGACGCCGUGAAGGAGGCGGAGCAUCACACGGGCCCGGAGCUGCAGAGGACGGGCAGGAUCUUUGGAGGUCUGGUGAACGACGUUCGGAGGAAAAGACCGUUUUAUUGGAGCGACAUCAAAGACGCCCUGAGUCUGCAGUGUGUGGCGUCCAUCCUCUUCCUGUACUGCGCCUGCAUGUCACCUGUCAUCACCUUCGGAGGGCUGCUGGGAGAGGCCACCAAAGGAAACAUAAGCGCCAUCGAGUCUCUGUUCGGGGCGUCCAUGACGGGCGUGGCCUACUCUCUGUUCGCGGGGCAGCCUCUCACCAUCCUGGGCAGCACCGGCCCGGUUCUGGUGUUCGAGAAGAUCCUCUUCAAGUUCUGUUG